AGAUAUUAAAAAUGUCUAUUAUAUAAUUCUACAAAUCAUGAUAACCAUAAAUAAUAUUCUAAUGUUUAAUGAAAGAUAAAAAAACAUGGGACCAAAACGUGUAACCGAACCAAAAAAAUAUGUGUCCAAGGGAAAAGAACGAGUGGAUCGUGAACAACAAACGAAAAAUCAAUUCGAUCCUCUUUAUUUAGAAGUCAAACAUCUUGAAACAGCGAUAUUAUUAUUACAAUGUGAAGAGAAACCUGUUUUGUUAGCUGCUGCGGCAGCUUUGUCAAAAUUUGGCAGCAAAUCUCAAGAAAAUUUAGAAGUUUUAUUCGAUCUCGAAAUUGUGAAUAAUAUAAUUCCAUUAAUUAAACACGAGGAUUUAUUUACUCGAAGGUUUAUUUUAAUAUUUUAAUAGAAAUUAUAAUAAUUAUAUUCAUAUUUAAUAAUAAUUAUAUUCAUAUAUAUAUACGAUAUAAAAUUAUGUAAUAAAAUAUAGAUUUGCCGCAAAAUUGUUAGCCGAAAUGAUAGCUAUUCCUAAUGUUCGUAACUUCAUCUUGGAGUCAUCCGAAUAUUAUAUCCCAUAUUUUAUCAAGGUUGUAAUCCAUGAAAAUGAUAUCUUUCUGCACGAAUUUUCAUUGUUAAUUCUAGCAGAAAUAACUAAAGAUAUAUUUGGAGUAGCACAAUUGUUAAAACAAAGUUCAGAUGUAGACUUCCUGUUCGAAAAACUUUACUCACCGGAUCCUGACGUGAAGAAGAACACAUUGCAAAUUAUAUAUAAUCUUUUGCAAGAUCCUUUAGGCGCAGAGAAAAUCAUUCAAACUAAGGUUCAUUAGGAUGAAAAGUUAAACGAUAUAUUUUGUUAAAUUUUUUCUGCAUUUGUGAUUGCAAUUAUAAAAAUAUUUGAGAUAAUAUAAAAAAUAUUUGAGAUAACGUGCAAUUUUCAGGAUUUUAAUUUGGAACAAGUCUAUGAGCUUUUUAAUUCACCUUAUAGUGAAAUCCAAAAGCUUGCACUUGAUGUAGUAACUGAUUUAGUACGCAGAAAUCAGGAUGAACAGUUGCAAGAACACUUUCGACGUACUAAGGGUCUUGAGGCUCUAUUGAAAUUUUUGGAUGUAAAAAUUUUGGAUAAAAAAUAUUCUUACAAUGAGAAGAGAAUUUUUCUAUUAAUAUUAUUUAUAGAGAUAUAUAUUUAUAUAUAUUAAUUUAGAACAUUGAGUGGUUAGAUCUUCAUACGAAUGCGCUUUGGAUUCUUCGAUUCGCCUGUGACAAUCCCACUACAGUCGAACAAUUCAAUGAUAUUGGUGGUAUCAAACAGAUAUUAAAGUAUAUAGAAGAUACGUUACAUUCGAAACUUUUCAAACAAGUUCUGGAUAUAGCUGUUUGUUUAUCGCAUACACCUAGGGGUAGAAAAAUGCUGCACAUGUAUGGUAUCGUCGAUUAUUUGUUACAUACGUUAUUUGGUAACGUGCAAGAAAUGUACGAAACCAGUUGUCACGGUAUCGGUAUGAUGGCUCUAAACAGUCAAGCAUCUAAAGAUUUAACUACAAGCAAUUGCAUAAAAAACAUUCUAGAUGUGCUGAAAGAUGACAAUUUAAACUGGUCUGCUAGACAAGCAGCUUUAUUUGCUUUAAAUCAAUUAAUGAAAUGUGAUAUAAAGAAUUGUGAAGAUUUCUUAACUAUUCAAGGACAGAAUUAUUUGUUGUGGCUGAUGAAACAAACAAUAGGAAAAGUUCCAGUUGAAAUUUUAGUUGAUACUGUAGAUUGCCUUAUUUCAAUAGCAAGAAAUCAAGUAUUGAGAGAUAUUAUUAUUAACACGGAUAUCAUUGAGGCUAUGUGUGCAUCUUUUGAAUUAACCUGUACAUCGAUGGAUGAUUUCAAAAUCGCCUGCUGUAAAGCUCUAUCCAUGAUGUGUCUAGAGGAGAAGGGAAGACAAGAAUUUCUAAAGAUCGAAGGUCCCAAAAGAUUAUAUAAUCUAUUAUGUGACAUCAAAUCGAUUCCAAUAAGAAACGCAGCUGCUCAAUUGAUUCAAUUGUUAUGCGCGGAUCCGGUUCUAGCAAAUGCUUUUGUUUCGGCUAGAUUCUUGAAUUACAUGUUGAAUAAUCGAAGUACUGCGCGAAUCGUUCCUUCUUGGGACAUGUGCAUAGAAGCCUUAUUUGAUUCACAUCUGCCGAUGAAAUUCGCUUUUACUGGACGACUUUCAUUGCACGAUAUCACUCAAGAUGGAUUUUACGUGCUUCGAAGAAAUGUUUGCACAUUUCCUAUAUUGGAUGAUAUCCUUCGAUUCAAAUUCUGUCCCCUGGAACCUAUCUAUGUAGUCAAUUGCAGUGAACCAGAAGAUUGUAAUCAAUUGAAUUUGGAAGAAUCGAAAGAAACAAUUAAUCGUGGCGUUUUCUUGUCGACCGAAAUAGCAAAGUUAACAUUGGAUACCAAGUUUGGUACUCUUCAGCGUGAUACUUGUCUUUAUAAUUAUGUAGAAUUAUUUAAAUGCAAAUUAAUCGCUAAUGAAUCGAGAAACGUAGUGUCAAAAACAACAAAAGGAUUUAUAAAUAUCAAUUAUGUAGUCUCUCGUGCUCAGAUGUUAGCUAAAUUUGUUUCUCAACAAAUGUCAGGACCAGAUCCUCUUAUUACAUGCGUGGAUCACCAAUUAGAGAUUCAUUUGAAAGAGAUCAAAGAUACCAUAGAAACUAGUGUAAUACCGUUGGGAAUGUUACGAGUUGGUUCUUAUUUCGAAAGAGCAUUGCUUUUCAAAGUGAUCGCCGAUAGAAUACAUUUACCUGCUGCCUUGGUGCGAGGAGAAUAUGGUAAAGCUUGGAUCGAAAUUGCUGUACCGCAGGUGAGAGUUCCAGUGGAAGAAAAUAAAUUUCAUGCUUAUAUAGAUAGAGAUACAACCUGUCCAGAAAUUGUUACGAUUUAUCAACCUCUGCAACAAUAUCAACAUAAAUACAUAGAUUCGAAUCUAAUCUUCGAAGAUCGUGCUUCAUCAAUUUUUCCAACAAAGCUGCUGAAACCGAACUUCAUUGUCGAUCUGAUGGAUUGCCCUGGAGACUUGAUUCCAAUUGACAGUCAACGAGCCAAAAAAUACCGCGAAAAAAAAUUAAUCUGCGAUAUUACAUGUUAAAACAAGUGUUACAUCUCAAAAUUUAUUUCAUCGAUAUUUUAGUGUAACUUUACUUCCAUUUGCACUCUCACUUUCUUUGGAUUCUGUUAAAAAUCUACGGCUUAAAAAAGUGUUUAUAUUAAUAAACUAUAGGAAUUUUAUUUACAAUGGCAAUAUGCAUUUAUGGAUAGAAAUAGAAUCGAUUGGUCUUUAAUUAAUGAAAUUGACCAACGUCUAUCUUUAUCGAGUCAACAACGAUUAAAGUGACGACUUUAAUGUUAUUGUUGCAUCAUUGAAUGUUUAAUAAAUUAUUUUUUACGAUAGUAAGA